CACCAGAGGUCUAUCAAAUUAAUUAGCUUGUUUAUCAUAAGGAUUCUGACGUUUCUGACGAAUUUGGACGGAUUCUUGACAUUUUGUAAAUACACAAAUUUAUUGGACGUUUUUACAUUGCGCAGGAAUCAUUAUUUUAUCUCCUACGACACUAGAAAGAAGGAAAACGGCCAGACAAGAUGCCCGAAACGGAGGAAGAAAUGGGUAUGUCCGUUCGCUUGACGAACGAUGAUUUUCGGAAGCUCCUGAUGACUCCGAGGGCAUCAGUACCCUCGGCCACUCCAGCUUCCGUACCAGGUACAGCGAGGGAUGCCAGUGCAAAAACCGCCCAAACCCCCCAGGUCAGCGGUGGUAGCCGGGCGGAGCUGCGAAGGAAGAAGAAGAGCUUUUAUGCAAAGCUGAAGAAGCAGGAGGAGGAUAAGAUGGCCGAGCUCGCAGAGAAAUACAGGGAUCGUGCGAGAGAGCGCAGGGACGGUACCAAUCAAGAUUACCAAGCGGAGGAUCCCAUGAACAACGCUAGCGCUUACCGGGCCGUCGCACCCGACUUGAAAUCUGGUAUGGAUGCUGCGGAGCGCAGGAGGCAGAUGAUUCAACAGUCCAAAUUCUUGGGUGGUGACAUGGAACACACUCACUUGGUCAAAGGCUUGGAUUACGCUCUUUUGCAAAAGGUUCGCAGUGAGAUCGAAGCAAAAGAAUAUGAGCAAGAGCAGGAGUUGGAAAAAUUAGUAAAGCCAAAGGAGAAAACAAAGAAGGAGCAACCUCCUGAGAAAAAAGAUGAUGAGAUGCAGUUCAAGACAAAGAUCGGUCGGAAUGUGUACAAGACCAUCAUGACUAUGAAAUCUAAGCAGAUUGAAAGAAACGAACUGUUCACGCCGGGUCGCAUGGCAUAUGUCAUCGAAUUAGAUGACGAGAACGCUGACGUCGACAUACCGACGACGCUUAUCAGAAGUAAGGCUGAUGUGCCAACGAUCGACAAUACACCAACUCUCACGACUAAUGAUAUCGUGAUCAACAAAUUGGCGCAGAUACUGUCGUACUUGCGUCAGGGUAGCCGCCACAGUAAGAAGGGCAAAAAGCUGAAGGAUGGACGCGGUCGCGGCGACGAGCUAAACGACAUAGAGAUUCAGCCACGGCCACCCGCUGCUGACGAGAGUAUUUAUGGCGAUAUUGGCGACUAUGUGCCGACAGUGACGAGUAAGAAGGAUGGACAAUCGCGUGAGAAGAAGAAGAGUUCAUACUUCGACAAGCCCGAGUCGAAUCUGGACACUGACGACAAGGCAAACGCACCGAAAUUGCCGAGCAUUUUACAACCAAAUGCGGUGGCUGUCGCUACAACCGCCGCCGCGGAUGGCAAUGCGCCGAAAAAGGGUGCGCUACUGAAUAAACUCGCGGCCGAACCAGAAGGAUACGCCGAGUGUUAUCCAGGCCUAGACGAGAUGCAAGAUGCUAUUGAUGACUCGGACGAUGAAGUGGAUUACACGAAGAUGGAUCUAGGCAACAAAAAGGGUCCGAUAGGCCGUUGGGACUUUGACACACCUGAAGAAUACAGCGAAUAUAUGAACAACAAAGAGGCGUUGCCCAAGGCAGCCUUUCAGUAUGGCGUAAAGAUGGCCGAUGGCAGGCGUACUAGGAAGUAUAAUAAAGAGAAAAAUGAGAAGGCGGAGCUCGAUCGCGAGUGGCAAAAGAUCCAGAAUAUUAUGAACAAGAGAAAAUCGACGACGACGAUCGAUGGUGCGUCCGAAUUUAAAGUACCACGAUAUUAAGCAUUCGACUUGCGAAUCUGUAUUUUCGAUCUGUAUUUAUCGCAUGAGAAUAUUAUUUGAUGACUCUAAAACUGUUAUCCUCGAAUUGUUGCGCGUUAGACGUGAAGAAGAAAAUACUUCGUUAGAAACGAUUUUUCUUUGUAUAAAUAAAUUUCUUUCAAAUUUUAAAGUAAUAUUCUUAUCACGACAAAUUUUUCAAUAACACGAAUAAAAUUAUGUCAAAUAAGAUGUAUUAUCUGUAUGAAAUGUUCCAAAAGGAACCAACUUAAAUAAGAAAAUUGUAUAUGUUGUAUCAUAGACUUCUAAUAUAAUCUUACAUUAAAACCUGUAAUACAAUAGUUUAUUUUACGAAAUAUUUUUUUCUCAACAGCAUAUAUAUAUAAGCACAUAUUUAGUCAGUGCAUAUUACUCCGAAUGUAAUAUUUAAUAUAAAUAUAUAUACACACCCCUCAUAUGUAAUUUUCGUAUGUAUUAUUUAUCAUAUUUUGCAAUUAUAAAAGUAAACUUGUUAUACAUCUUAAUUUUAAUUAAAGCAAUAAUAAAAGCAAAGUAAAAUUCCUAAACAAA